AUGCCUCAACAGCAAUGCUUUCUUUUGUGCACCCUACAAUACUCACGAAUCAUCAUCAUCCCUAACACCACCUCCACUGCCCCAUUUCACGCAGUCGACUCGAAAGCAACCUUUGCUAGUGGCUCGCCAUACUCUCGCGAGGACAAUGAGCACACCAUAGAGGCCAAAACUACACGUGGAAGUAAAGCUACUGUGACACGAAAGACAAAGCAGCACAUUGGUAGACAAGUGUUAUCGAGAUGCAAAAAGUGUUCCGUGGGGCGAGAUCUCGUCUACUCCUUCCACAAUAAACAUCCAGUUGAAGUGGUUGAGCACCGGCACUCCAGUGCCACAGAAGGCUCAAUAGAGUCAGAAGUGAUGGCGCAACACCCAAGUCCUGUGACAGCAGCAGCUUCAGCGCUGCUGCAUGCUCAACAGUUUGACUUGAGUCAAUUGGCAGUGGCAGCGCCACCCCAUUUACGGAAUAAUGAAUCCCUGAAACGGUUGCCCCUCACGAAUCCACAAAUGCAUGCUCGCACUCACCAACGUGCAUGCGGCAAUCCCAACCCCUCACCUCAGCCCGACAAUGCACCAUUCACCAUCAACUCACACACGAUGAAAAGCAAACGCCCACAUUUCCGCUCAGCGAGAGUUCCACCAUUCCCCUCUAGCAGGCCUUGGAUACCACAAUCCCGCUACACACCCAAACAUCAGCAGCCACCGUCGCCACAACUGGCCCCCGGCACCACCUCAACGCAUGCAAUCCCAAUGCCUGUUGUAACCAACGCACCCUCGACGCUGUCAAUUAGGCGCAUUGCAUACGCCGCUAGUGACGAAUGCGAAUUGACAUCAGCAACACCUCGCCCCCACAGACAAUCCGAUGACCACUACUGCAUCCUCAGAGCGCAACUGCUUAGCCUCAGAAAUGCUGCUUCAGGACAUUACCCUCCCGAAAACUGUCUACCAAACCACCGUGUUCCACAAGUUCGGCCACCGCACAAGCCCACUCAGGGACGCAGAGGUAACUUUGAAACAACUACAGUGCCAUUACUCACCGUCAUCUAA